UGACAGAUGUCAAACUACCGUUUGUUGACAUUGUUCAGGUGAAACUACCAAACUGCAUAAAGCAAAGAAUAAAAAAAAUAUAUGGUGCAGUUAUUCUGUAUUUAGAACAGUGGACAAAAAAAUACAAUGGAAAGCACAACCCCUACCAAUGAAGAGGAUGCAAAGACCGUCAAGUUGUUGGCUAAAGGUUUACUAGAGCUGUACGAACCACCGCUUACAACAAUAAAUACACAUUUAAAAGAAUUAACAGAGAAGCAAGAAGCAGUUCACAGUAUGAUUACAUCUGAAAGACAGAAGAUGGAGAACAUACAGAAUGAUGCUAUGCUUGAUGCAUUGCUUGCAGAUAUUGCUACAAACAGAGAAAGAUUAAUGGCGUUAUCCAGCUCAAUGAUGCAAAUUCAUAAACGCGUGCAGUCUUUACAAACAAGAGCAGCUAAUGUGGAGAAGGCAGCUAAAAACAGAGCGGCGAGCACAGCGGCAAGUCAAAGCAAGCCGGCUAGCAGCUAGUACUGAAGGAAUUAAUAAACAUGGACAACAAAAAAGGAAAAAUGUGUUGGUAAGACUCUACAUAAUUAGUCAUUAUUGGUUUUAUGUAAUAAGAUAUAUUUUAUCAUUCGUAAAGUUUUUAUUUAGUGGUGUUUAAAUAUUAAAGGCCCUUAACUGUUUGACUGAAAAUGCCAGUUUGACAUUUAAAAAUGACAUACUCAUGCUAUCUAGAUGGCUAUCGAGGGCUUAAUAUAAAAAAUUACUUGUUGAGUAGUCAAAUAAAUUCACUAAGAAUAUUUAAAUUUGGAGCAUAAUUUAAAUCAUUGUUAUGUCAAAAAAUAUGACAGAUACAGUGACAUACGUCAGUUGUCUAUAGGUGGAGGAAUUCCCCGCUUUUGGCUAUUAGUAUGGUUGCAGUCGUGGAAGGCAUGAAGUUAGUGACAAGUGUCUACAUAGUUAUUGUUUCUAGAGAUUAGCGGGCGCCGAUAUAUUGUGUAGAAGGCGCUGUGUGGCUAACUUCAAGCCUACUGUGGGUGGACCUACUAUAGAUUAGUAUAAAUGUGCACAAUAAUGUAUUGCAAUUUUUCGUAUUCCAUAAAAAAAUACAUACAUACAUAACAUCACGCAUUUUAUCCCCGAAGGGGUAUGCAGAGGCGCAACUAGGGCACCCACUUUUCGCCAAGUAUGUUCCGUCCCAUGAUGUGAUAGGGGGCGAACCUAUCGCCAUAUCGGGCACAAAUUCCAGACUCCGGACUGAUACUGAGCUGAAAAACCCAAAUAUCACUUUGCCCGACCCGGGAUUCGAACCCAGGACCUCAGAGCGCUAUUGUACCGGACGUGCAAUACAACUACGCCACCGAGGCAGUAUAAAAAAAUACUCUACAAUUAAUUGUUCAUAAUGUACAGUCAGUCAGAAAAAUAGGUGCACAAAUUAGGACACUCCAAAUCGCCUAUAUUUGCGCCCUUUUUGCAGGGUUUAGUGUAUUUUAAAUCCCAAAAAGAUAUUCUAAUAUGUAUGUUUGAACUUUUUAAUUCGUCCAAAUAUUUUUGAGGCUGUUUGUAAUAAAUGCAAUGGUUUUAAAUCAAAUAAAACACAUUUAUAUAAUUUUAUAUUUAUUUAAAGUACUUAUGUUACAUUUGUAAGUACUAAUACAAAAUAAAUACUAAGUUACCAUAUUGGAUACAGUAGCUAAUCAAUGUUAUAUGAUAAAGGCUUAAAUGGCGCCAAAAUGUAACACUCAACACGACUCAAAAUUUUGUACUAAUUUUUUAACCAAAUUAAUUGGCCUUUGAGACCAUGUUUUUAAUUUUUAACAUGUCAAAAAUAUUUUCUUUUUUAUUACACUAUUUAACCUUAAAACUACGAGUAGAGCUUAAAAUCUUUGCAUUUUAGAUCUAAUUAAAUACCCUGAAUUCAAUAUCGAAAAUAGAUAGGCAUUAAAAUUUUUUGGUAAAGAUGAAUUUAAAAAAAUAGAUUUUAAGCAAUACCCGCUUUAUAUCUUAAUAUCUUAUGAAUAAAGACUAAAAUUGAAACUUUGCAUUCCUUUAUCACUGAAUAUACUGACUUCGGUCAAUUUCGUUUACACACUAUGCUAGUUGAUGUGUUGACAGUUCGGAAUUAAAUGCAUUUUUUUAACAACUGACACUUCCAACAGUAAUUCAUAAAUCGCAGUUCCAUUUUUGAAAAUUCUAAAACAGAUAUAACGCUAGUAACAAUUUGAAUCGAUAUUAUGUUCUUUACUAUCCCAUAUGAAACUAACAUAGUGUGAAACGAACCUUAAUUUAUAGUCUAGAAAUGUAUAACUGACAUUAAGUUUUUAUAAUCAGAGAAAAUAUCUUUAUAAACAAGAGUAAACUAUUUAAUGUAUUAUAGGUCAACAAUAACUUGGUAUUUGGCGUAGAUGAAAAUGUAAGCUAUGAUGUGCGCCCUUAGGAUAUCCAAAACCACGCGAUUUAAAUCGAUGUCGUUUAAUUGUAACGUUUGUGAUUGGUCGAGAGACCGAUGCGUCAGUCACGGGUUAGUCUUUCAACCAAUCACAAUAAAGACAAGGAGUCGUGUAUUUUUUGCCAAAUUCUCUGCUCACUGCAAUGUGGCGAAUGCACUAGUCCAAUACCAUCGACUCGAGACGAAGCGUGGGUAACGUCUUAACGCACCGUAAUAUCAUGAAUAAGAAUUUGACAUUUGACGUUUGUUUGACAGUUGGAAAUUGUAAAUCAUAAUUAUUGGGCAUAGACAAGUAGCUUUAGUGUGGUCGAAGCCUUAAAAUAACUUUCGAAUACAGUGCCCUUUAAAUAACCAACUUUUGUUGACCUCUAAGUACUUUAUAUUGUCUAAGUUACUUAAAUUUACAUUUUAAAAUGUCCUAAGACUAGUUAUAAUUGUUUAAAUUAUUAUUUUUUUGUUUUUGUUAUACUUGGUAAUGGCAGUUAGAUUCACACAAAAAAUAUUAAUGUACUAAAUACUGUACAAUAAAUAUUAUUUUAUGACUA